AUGCGACGGGCUCGAGACGCCGCUGCGGCGUGGCGAGCAGGCUUUCGUGGACGGCGGAGCGGCCGCGGCCUGCGCCACACCGACCCCGCACCGUUGGUCGGCCGUCUGCCCGGCCAACGCCCCCCGCGCCCGACGCCCGCGCCGACGCCGGGCGGCGUCCAGGCGGGCGGAGGAUCGGAGGUAGCCAAGGGCAGCGCGCCUCCUACAGCCGCCGCCGCGGCUGCUGCCCCCCUGCAGCUGGCCGCGUUGGUCGGCCGUUCGCCCGACCCGCGCCCCCAGGGCCGCGCCGGGCCGCGCGCGGUGCCUCUGGGGCCUGAGCGGCCCGCCGCGAGCGGCGGCGGCGACUGCGAGGACGACUCCGACGUGGGGCCCGAGCGCUCAGUCGGCCCCGCCGGCUGCGGGGCCGCCGCGCCGACGGGCGACAUCCAGGAGGGCAGCCUCAUCGUCGGCGAGGCCGAGAAGGGCGACGGGCGCGGCAGCUGCGAAAUGCCUGGGCCCUGGGCCGCGGGCGUGGCGAGCGGGCCAGCCCAGCGCGAGGCCGACGGCUUCGGCAGCCAGAGCCAUCUUGAUAGCGAGGCGCUGAACGAGGGGUCCCGGGGCGCGGUGGCGCCGAGGAGCUGGGGGGCCACGUUGGCGGCCAACUCGCGGCGCAUUCGCGGGCCGUCGCGGUGCUCGAGCACCGCCGGGCCGAGCAGCAGCUCGAGCGCGACGCGCUCGACGCGCCGACGGCGGCGGCCGCCGGGCCGGCGGCCGCGGAGCAGACGGCCAAGGGUAGGAAGAAGAAGGGGCAGAAGCCGACGUUCGGCACCGCAGCUAGGGCGCUGA